AUGGCUGACUCUACUCGCGGAGCCGGUGCCAUGCUCGGAAUUUCGGUAGCUGCUCUUUAUUUGCAAAACAGAUGGAACAAGAAACCAUAUUAUUAUGCUAUUGUUCCGCGUCUCAUUCUCGUUGGAGCUGCCACUGCUGUUGGUUACGCCGCAGGAGCUCUUCGAGAGAAGCACUACCAGACAAGAGAUGCCGUCAUUGAACACUACAUGCAGCUACAUCCAGAAGAUUUCGAUCAUUUCAACGAUCGUAGCGGCCGCUCAUUCUCACAAGUUCUCCUACCAUGGUAUCCACGCAGAACCCAGUACACUAGAUAUGAUUGA